AUAAUUGCAUCAAGGUGGGAACUUUUGCAUAACCCCAUCUGCAUAAUUCAAACGAACGCCACCGCUGAUAUGUUGACAAUUCUCGAGAACUGCCGUAUAUCUCCACCGCCGGCCACCGUCGGGGAGAGAUCGCUGCCACUUACUUUCUUCGACACAAUAUGGCUAAUCUUCUCCCCCAUCCACCAGGUUUUCUUUUACGAGUUCCCUCACUCUAAACAACAUUUCAUCCAAACAAUCGUUCCCAAAAUCAAACACUCGUUGUCAAUCACUCUUCAACACUUUUUCCCAUUUGCAAGCAACUUAAUUGUGUUCCCUAAGCCAAAUCAUUCAACUGUUGCUAGAAACCCCGAGAUUCGCCAUCUAGAGGGUGACUCAGUUGCGGUUACCUUCGCUGAGUGUGAUCUAGAUUUCAACGAUCUUACGGGAAAUCAUCCUCGUAACUGUAACAAGUUUUAUCCGCUCGUGCCGCUGUUACCACCUUCGACAAAAGUAUCCGAUUAUGUUUCCAUCCCACUUUUUUCCGUGCAAGUGACACUUUUCGAAAACUCUGGCGUCUCAAUUGGGCUCACCAACCACCACACCCUUUGUGAUGCGAGCACAAGGUUCAAUUUCCUCAAGGCAUGGACUUCGAUCGCUAGAAAUGGUUCGGAUGAGUUGUUCUUAGCUAGUGGAUCUUUGCCGUUUUACGAUAGAGUGAUCAAAUACCCAACCACCUUAGAUGAAAUCCAUUUGAAUCAACCGGGGAUCGAAACUAUCAAAGAAGGAUACCAACCUCCUCAGCUCGAUAGCCACACAGACAGAGUUCGAGCCACAGUUGUCUUGACCCAAGCACAUAUCAAUCGAUUGAAGAAAUGGGUACGGAUCCAACAGCCAACUCUGGAGUACGUGUCAUCAUUUUCUGUGGCGUGUGCUUUUGUAUGGAGUUGCACAGCCAAAUCACUUGCACAUAUUGGAGACAAGAAAGGUGAUGAUGAUAUUGAAAUGUUUGUUUGUGCUGUAGAUUGGAGGUCACGGUUCGACCCACCGAUUCCUCAAACUUAUUUCGGCAAUUGUGUCGGGCCAUGUAUCACACCAACAACAAAAAGCACACUGUUAGCAGGCGAAAAGGGGUUUCUUGUUGCUGCUGAAUUAUUUGGAAAGGCUCUAAGUGAAACGAUCAAGAAUAAAGAUGGAAUGCUGAAAGAAGCAGAAACAUGGCUUAAGAGGGUCAGUGCACCAGUGCCAUCACUUUCGGUUUCCGGAACACCAAAGAUCAAGAUCUACGAUGUCGAUUUUGGAUGGGGGAAGCCAAGAAAGCACGAGACCAUUUCGUUAGAUUACAAUCGUUCCAUUUCCGUUAACGCAUGCAAAGAAUCAACGACUGAUAUCGAAAUCGGAUUGUCUUUUCCUGCUAAACAAAUGGAUGCGUUUAUUACUGUCUUCGAACGCGAAUUAGAGACCACAUGUUCUGAGCAAGAAUAAGUCGAUUGUCGAAAGACUCUUUGUCAUCUUUAAGUAUGAUGUUCAUCGUUUGUUUCUUUUCUUGAUGUCAAAUCUUGGGAAUUCGUAUGCGAAUUGAAUAUGUUAUCAAUAAAGUUCGCUUUCUC